AUGGAGGACGGCAAGGACGCCGGCGGGACCAAGUACCGCGGCGUCCGGAAGCGGCCGUGGGGCAAGUUCGCCGCCGAGAUCCGCGACCCGGAGCGCGGCGGCGCCCGGGUCUGGCUUGGCACGUUCGAAACGGCCGAGGAGGCCGCGCGGGCGUACGACCGCGCCGCGUUCGAGCAGCGCGGCGCAACCGCGGUGCUCAACUUCCCCGGGGAGGUCGGUGCGGCGAGCAGGGGUUCGGCGGCCGGUUCAGGCGCCCCCGCUGGCUCGUCGAGGGGGAGGAGCCGCGGGGACGGCGAGAAGAUCGAGCUCGAGUACCUUGACGACAAGCUGCUCGACGACCUCCUCGACGAGAACAAGUAUGGCGGUAAAUAA